AUGUCCCAAGCAACGAGCUUGGGAGCGGCCGGGUAUCCCUCAACCAUCGAGCUUGACAUGGACGGCGGCAACUCUCCCUUCGCCAAUCCCCUCCUUGAAGAGCCCAUGCUCUCCAGAAUCACCCUUCCCGACGACGAACUAGGAUUCAUGCCACCCUUCCAACCGAGCCCCAGAAAACGCGGAAAGCGAACGGUGUCCUCCCGAUCCUCCCCUUCUCCCUCAGGCCGCGCCAAACGAUCCCGCCCGGCAGCGGCUGUAUAUGAGGCCUCAACGGUCGCCCAACCCCCCAGUCCCAAAAACUUCUGGGAUCUACCUUAUCCGCUACCAGCCAUGCUACCGGACUCUCUUCCUCCCUCAAUGCACGAGACAUAUUUCCCGCCCGCGAUCCCAGAGUUGGACGACGACGACAUUGACCUGGAUCUGGGCCUAAUUGGGGACGUGGACAUGGAUAUGGGCGGGAGCAUGGGCAUGGAGAUGGACCUGGACCUGCCCUUCGAGCACGACCCGGACCUGGAAGCUCACAACGCCUACCUGGCCGAUAAUCUGAGCGCCACGGGCGCGAACCCCUUCGCGCCGGGGUCACAGUCGCCCGCGAGCCAUCGAUCGCUAUCCCCGUUUGGUGAGCGAGGAGGGUGUGGUGGCGAGGCAGUGGCAACAGCGGCGACAUUUGGGUUUCCGAGUGGUGCUAAAGACGAUAUGUCGGACUUUGAGUGGAUGAAUCGGAUGAAUGAGGGGGCGAGAGCGCGGAAUUCGGCGUUUCCGAGGAUGGAUGAGAAUUUGAGGAUGGGGAGGUGGGAAAGGUAUGCUAGAGAUGGUGGUGGUGGUGGAAUGGAAGAGGAUGGGGGCCGAGUAGUUGCGGGACGGUUUGUGAAGGGGGGGUUUCGGAUGACGAGGGAGCAGGAGGAUAUCGUGGCGCAGAUGGUGGUUGAGAGCAGUGGAAUGGGUUACGAUUCACGACAAUGA